AGUCGCACUUAAUGCAGCACGCACAGCACAGCUGCAGAACCGGAAGUUGAAUCAGGGAGUAAAAAAGAUGCAGCGAGAAAAAACAACAAGCAACUCAGCCGCGGCUGAAAAGCCCGACCGGGAGGCCGCCAUCAUGUCCAAGUACUACGAUGGAGUUGAAUUUCCUUUCUGUGACGAGUUUUCAAAAUACGAAAAAAUGGCAAAAAUUGGACAAGGAACUUUUGGGGAGGUGUUCAAAGCAAAGCACAGACAGACCGGGAAGAAGGUGGCCCUGAAGAAAGUUCUGAUGGAAAAUGAGAAAGAAGGGUUCCCGAUCACAGCGUUGAGAGAAAUCAAGAUCCUGCAGCUGCUCAAACAUGAGAACGUCGUCAAUCUGAUCGAGAUCUGCAGAACCAAAGCCACUCAGUAUAACAGAUACAAAGGCAGCAUCUACCUUGUGUUUGACUUCUGCGAGCACGACCUGGCCGGGCUGCUGAGCAACACCAACGUCAAGUUCACUCUGGCUGAGAUCAAGAAGGUCAUGCAGAUGCUGCUGAAUGGGCUUUACUACAUCCACAACAACAAGAUCCUACACAGAGACAUGAAAGCCGCCAACGUGCUCAUCACCAGAGACGGCGUCCUGAAGCUGGCUGACUUCGGCUUGGCUCGAGCCUUCAGUCUGGCUAAAAACAGUCAGGGGAACCGAUACACCAACCGAGUGGUCACCCUGUGGUACAGACCUCCAGAGCUGCUGCUGGGUGAGAGAGACUACGGCCCCCCUAUUGACAUGUGGGGAGGAGGCUGCAUCAUGGCGGAGAUGUGGACCAGAAGUCCCAUCAUGCAGGGAAACACUGAGCAGCACCAACUGACCCUCAUCAGCCAGCUGUGUGGCUCCAUCACUUCAGAGGUGUGGCCCACCGUGGAUAAGAAGUACGAGCUCUACCAGAAGAUGGAGCUCCCUAAAGGCCAGAAGAGGAAAGUGAAGGACCGUCUGAAAGCGUACGUCAAAGACCCGUACGCUCUGGACCUGAUCGAUAAACUCCUGGUCCUGGACCCAGCGCAGCGCAUCGACAGCGACGACGCACUCAACCACGACUUCUUCUGGUCUGACCCGAUGCCCUCAGACCUGAAGAACAUGCUCUCCACCCACAACACCUCCAUGUUUGAAUACCUGGCCCCGCCCAGACGGAGAGGACACAUGCCACAGCAGCCUCCCAACCAGAACAGAAACCCGGCAACGACAAGUCAGACCGAGUUCGACCGAGUGUUUUAAGAGGUGGGAAGGUGUUUGUGGACGUGUCGUUUGGACUUAACUUCCUUCAGAGGAUAACUUCAUAAUAUAACACUUCACACCCCCAGAUCUCCGCAGUUUUGUCUAUAAUCAUCAAGUGAGUUUACAGGAGAGGAUUAGAGUCGACCAGGACCAGGACUAGAGUGUUCCAAGGUGUUCACAGUCUUUUCAAAGGCAGGUGAUUAUGUUCAGAGCGUUUGCUGUUUCUGAUGUGAUCAUGAAGUGGCUGGUUGUGUGUUUGAGCUCGGUCGCGGUUAGCAGCUAGAGUGAGUCAUUUUAUGUUUUUCUACAAUUUGUUUUUAUAGUUUUCAUUUAACAGACUGUGCAGUUACCUCUGGUGAUUUAUUUAUAAUGAGAGAAGAAGAAACUUACAUUUGAACCAUUUUACAAAGAAGACACGUGUAUCUGUGAAUGUAUAAAUGACAAGUGACCAAGAAUAAAAUGGUUAUUUUUCCUAAGAAA